AUUUACUGGGACUCAGACAGACAGCAGACCGGCUGUCCCAAGCUGCGCUGAUCCUUCACUCUCCGGCACCAAAGCUGGAGUCCGCCUGCUGCCACCUGCCUCUCCGAGAAUAACACGGUGGCAUUAAAGAAGAAGAAAAAAAAAAAAAAAACAGAAAGAAAAAAGGCGAGAUCCCGUGCCACAUUUCUCGGGGCAUCCACUCCCCUUCCACUCGUGGUCCUGCGGGAGGACGGAGACGGGCUGCGCGCAGGACGCACACUUGGCGACCGGAGGUUUGUUGUCGUUACCAGGAGCCAGAGCGCACAGAGCAGCAGAGCGGAGCCCAAAGCCGGUCCAGCUCUCGUUUAAAACCGGGCUGCCCCCCCAUUCGGUGGAACCACUUGCAUGGAUGCACCAUGGCCACGUUUGUCUGCAGGGUUCAGUUUUUAGAUGACACCGAUCCGUUCAACAGCACCAAUUUCCCAGAACCGACCAGACCGCCGCUGUACACCUUCAGAGAGGAUAUCCCCCUCAUCAACCAGCUCGCAGGCGUCCACCGGCUCCUCAAGGCUCCACACAAGCUCGAUGACUGUGCACUUCAGCUCUCCCACAAUGGAACCUAUCUGGAUCUGGAGUCGUCCCUGGCUGAGCAAAGAGACGAGCUGGAGGGUUUUCAGCAGGACGACACAGGGUCCAGAGGGAAGAAGCAUAGUGUUAUUUUACGGACCCAGCUGACCGUCCGUGUGCACGCCUGCAUCGAAAGACUGUAUAACUCCAAUGGACGUGACUUGAGAAGGGCACUGUUCUCUCUAAAGCAGAUUUUUCAGGAUGACAAAGACCUGGUGCAUGAGUUUGUGAUAGCCGAAGGUCUGACAUGUCUCAUCAAGGUGGGAGCAGAAGCUGAUCAGAACUACCAGAACUACAUAUUAAGAGCUCUGGGGCAGAUCAUGCUGUAUGUGGAUGGGAUGAAUGGUGUCAUCGGCCACCCUGAGACCAUCCAGUGGCUCUACGCUCUUGUUGGCUCAAAGUUCCGUCUGGUGGUGAAAACAGCUAUGAAGCUGCUGCUGGUGUUUGUGGAGUACUCCGAGUCCAACGCCCCGCUGCUGAUACAAGCCAUCACCUCUGUGGACACCAAAAGAGGCUGCAAGCCGUGGUCCAAUGCGAUGGAGAUUUUACACGAGAAGGACGGCGUGGACACAGAGCUGCUGGUCUAUGCCAUGACCCUCAUUAAUAAGACACUUUCAGCACUGCCUGACCAGGAUUCCUUCUAUGAUAUGGUGGAUGUUCUGGAGGAACAAGGCAUGGAGACAGUUUCCCAAAGACACCUGGGUCGCAAAGGCACCGAUCUUGACUUGGUCGAGCAGCUCAACAUCUAUGAGAUGACCUUACGGCACGAAGAUGGAGAUGACGACAGCCAUCUUCCACCAACGGGACGCCGGGACCGCCGGAGAGCCAGCCUCGGGGGUGGGGACAAAAAGCGCGGCCUGGAGAGGAGACGAAGCCGCCGGGCCUCUCUUGGACGAUCCGGUCAAGCCUCCCCCUGCAGCCCUGCGUCCCCACAGAGAGCUGGCUUCCAGCCUUUCAAUGGACACAGAGCUGAGGACCCGAGCGAGAGCCCGGCUCGACCUCCUCCAUCAAUCGUUCACAGAACAACCCUUCAGUCCAUCACCAUCACCUCCAGAAAGGAGCACGUAAAAGAGGACGAGCAAAGGAGUCGGACAGAACCACCUCCAGCGCCCACCUCCCCCUCUACCCCCACCAGCUGCACUCUCAGCCCCCCGGCCCAGCCGUCCCUGCUGGCCUCGCUGCUGGCCAGGAAAAGGUCUGUUGUCACCGUCCCAGCUACUACGGAGGUCAGCCCGCCGGCACGUGGCAGCUCCCGCCCCUCCCCCGACCGCCUGCCUUACCUGCCCCACUCUCCCUUCCACCUCUUCUCGUACGAUCUCGACGAGGAGCCAUCACCCCCGGCUUCCUCCAAACCCAGCGAGGAGCCGCCCAAAACGACACCUCCCAGGAAUGGAGGUUCCUCGUCCUACUCCUCUCUCAGCACCCCAAAUACACCUACCAGCCCAAGACCUGCUUUGGGAGGUCUUCUGUCGUCGUCGUACCGGCAGCACCAGGAAUCUCUGGCGGCCGAACGAGAGCGCCGUCGUGUGGAGAGAGAGGAGAGACUCCAGAAGAUCGAAAGAGAGGAGAGGAACAAGCACAGUCGCGACCAUGUGGACAAAAUGGAAGAGGCCAGGCUCGCGCGGGAGGAGAGGUAUAAAAACGUGGAGCGUCUGGCGGCGGAGGAGUACGAGAGGGAUCGCGUCCGAGUGUCGAGGACUCGUCCUGACCUCAACCUGACCUUUGAGCCCUCGGAGGCCUGGCCCUCGUCGUCGCGCAGCAGCACCCCGUCCUCCUUCGCAUCCCAGGAGGACACAGAGGCUGAUCUUGAAGCAGAAACUCCCGCCACUCCCAACACGCCCUCUGAGACCGGAGAAGCUGAUGACUCCAGUGCCAGUGUAGAAACCGAGGAAAAGGAGGCAGAGGCCGCUGCUGAGGAGGAGGAGGAGGAAGAACAGAAGGAAGAGGAAGAAGAGGAAGUGCAGGAGGUAGCGGCGGAGGAAAAAGGCGAAGAAGAAGAAGUCGAGGAACGUGAGCAGGAAGCGGAGAAGGAGAGAGAGGAGGCGGAGGAGGACAGUGGCAUCCUGAGCGACAAGGAGCGGCAGAAUGAGGAAGUGAACGAGAAGGACAACUGCUCGGCUUCCAGCAUCUCCUCUGCCAGCAGCACUCUGGAGAGGGAGGAGAGAGGGAGCAGUGAGAAUGGCUUGAAGGAGGCAGAGGUGAAUGAGAAGUGCAACAAACUCCUCAACAGCAAACUCUUCAUGCUGGACAUGUUGUACUCCCAGAACAAGAAGCCCAGCGACGAGGAUGAGGAGGAAGACGAUGUGGAGAAGGAGAAUGAGAAAGGAGAGGGGGAGGACAAAGAGACGCAGCAGGACGCUAACGGAGAACUGGGCGACAGCCAGGAGAACGACGACAGCGAUGACAAGUCGGACCAUCGCAGGAGCAUCCGUCCGUUUGCGGAGCGGUUUGGAGACUUGAUCAAGGGCCUCAGUCCGACCAACGCUCACCUGGACAGCCCCGCCAACGAGCCCCCUCCUCCCCCGCCCAAAAAGGAGUCCGACACCAUCUGGGACCAGCUCCUGGCCAGCCCUCGGGAGCUGCGCAUCGGGGACAUCAACUUCACCGACCUGACUGAGGACGACGACAAGGACAUUCUGGAUGCCGUUUCGAUGGGAGGAUGUGGCGACCUCCCGCCUCCGCCGCCUCCUCCACCCUUCAUCCCCCGCUUCCCUCCACCCCCACCCAUACUAGGCAGCUGCCCCCCACCCCCUCCCUUAAUUGGCAUUAUGAGGCCUCCGCCCCCUCCGUCCUUUAACGCUACUAUUCCGGUGCCUCCUCCCCCCGAGCCGCCUCUUUUCAACAAAAAGAAGAAGACGAUCAGACUCUUUUGGAGUGAGGUGCGUCCGACAGACAGCCAGUACAAGGACUACAAGCGCAGUGGAGACUCAUUCUGGUCCAAACUGGAACCGGUAAAGUUAGACACUGCCAAACUGGAACACCUGUUUGAGACGAAAUCAAAGGAAAUGCCAGUUACAAAGAAAACAGCAGCCGACGGCAAACGUCAGGAGAUCAUUGUUUUGGAUUCGAAGAGAAGUAACGCCAUCAACAUCGGCCUGACGGUUCUCCCUCCGCCUCGCACCAUCAAGACGGCCAUUCUGAACUUUGACGAGUACGCACUUAACAAGGAGGGCAUAGAGAAAAUUCUGACGAUGAUCCCCACGGAAGAGGAGAAGCAGAAGAUCCAGGAGGCCCAGCUGGCCAAUCCCGAUGUCCCGCUGGGCUCCGCAGAGCAGUUUCUCCUCACUCUGUCCUCCAUCAGCGAGCUGUCUGCCAGACUCCAGCUCUGGGCCUUUAAGAUGGACUACGAGGCGACAGAGAAGGAAGUAGCAGAGCCACUGCAAGAUCUAAAGGAGGGUAUGGAGCAGCUGGAGAAGAACAAGACUCUUCGCUACAUCCUCUCUACGCUGCUCUCAAUUGGAAACUUCCUCAACGGCACCAAUGCUAAAGGCUUUGAGAUGACGUAUUUGGAGAAGGUUCCCGAGGUGAAGGACACAGUCCAUAAGCAAUCUCUGCUCCACCAUGCCUGCUCUGUGGUGGUGGAAAACUUCCCUCAGAGCACCGACCUCUACUCCGAGAUAGGAGCCAUCACACGUUCUGCAAAAGUGGACUUUGACCAGCUGCAGGAGAACUUGAAUCAGAUGGAGCGGCGCUGCAAAGCCUCAUGGGACCACCUGAAGGUGAUCGCCAAGCACGAGAUGAAGCCACAGCUGAAGCAGAAGAUGUCUGACUUCCUCAAAGACUGCGCUGAAAGAAUCAUCAUCCUUAAGAUUGUUCACCGCAGGAUCAUCAACAGGUUCCACUCCUUCCUCUUGUUCCUCGGUCAUCCGGCCUACAGCGUGAGAGAGAUCAGCGUCCACAGGUUCAGUAAAAUCCUCAGCGAGUUUGCGCUGGAGUACCGGACCACCCGAGACCGCGUGCUGCAGCAGAAACAGAAACGCGCCGACCACCGCGAACGCAACAAGACCCGAGGGAAGAUGAUCGUGGACGUCAACGCUCCUUCGGAUGAUGAAGAGGAGCGCGAGCAGGGUGGUCGAUAUGGCUCGAGCAGCAGCAACAGCGCCCCCAGUUGCAGCCAGGAGAGCGAGCAGCCUCAGGGUCUGGACCAUGCUGAGGAUGCUGCAGAACACGAGAACAUGAAAGCGGUGCUGAGAACCAGCCUCAGCGGUGGCGACAAGGAGGGCAGCGGGGUACCGGGCCUUCGGACACGGACCAGAUCACGGCCAGGACGGGGAGGUCGCACUAUGCAGGCAUGGACGCCGCCUACUGAGGACACUCAGAUCUGUGGAGACGAUGCCGCAGAUGAAAUCAUGGAGCGUAUAGUGAGGUCGGCCACUCAGGGUCCAGGAACCAGAGCCCAGCCCCGCGAGAGGAGGAGGUCCAGAGCCAACCGCAAAUCAUUGAGGCGGACUCUGAAAAACGGUCUGACACCGGAGGAAGCUCUUGCUUUGGGGCUAACUGACGCUCCAGACACAUAGAUGUGAUCGUCCCCCUGUCACCGGUCCUCGCUGUUGUGGAAACACAGCUAUGAAUGCGACAUCUCUGUCAGCCUUUGCCACACUCUAGUGUUGUAAUUCACCAGCCACGAGCCCCUGUAGGUUUUUGCCAGCUGCUAAUUUUCGCCCAAUAUUACUGAGUGAAGAAGCUUUUUGUAUUCAAAACAACAAAAACAAUCUUCCAGGAGAAAGAGUGGAGGUGAAGCAAGAACGCAUCACAUCGGUUUGGCAAGGAAAACAAAUGUCUAAUUCAGUGAUGCUGCCGCUACACUGAAUGGAAACUUUUUUUUUUUUUUAAUGGAUGGAAACACAUUUUAAAUGUUGCAUUAGUCCAGAGGGAUUUUUGCUUAUGAGUUUCUGCAUCUGCGAGUUCACCACUUUUCAUUUAUUUAAGCUGUGAAUUUUGGUAAGAUAAGAUUAACGGGCUAAAGAGGAAUUUUAAUUUGUACUUACACAGUUUCAAAGGAUCCCAGGAGGUCACACAGACAAAGAAGCGAGCAAGAAUCAUCCAAAGUGAAAAUGCUUCAGUGGCUGCACAUUUGAAAAGUGAUGAGCGUAGCUGUGUUUUGUAGGAAGAGUGAAAGGUUUUCAAUCUGAUGAGUGCCUUUUAUUUAAAAGGGACAGCGCUGCACCUUCUUACCAUCUCUCUCUGUGUGUUCACCUCCUGCUUCUCAGACGACUCACACAUGUCACCUUCACAGGUGUAGUUACAGCACAGUUAACUUUCUCAGUAUUUAUUUGCAAAGCUCUGACAUCUUGCACCUUAAUUAACAUCAAUAGUCUGAAAAGAACGACUGAUUGAAAACAGAAAAAAAAAAACAGGAAGUUGUUGUCUCUGUUUGUAAAGUGUAAAAAGACAAAAAGCUAUGGACGUUUUUUAAAAAUUUUAAUAAUCUAUUUUGAAGGACUUGCAGAGAAUUCUGCAUUAAAUGUGUAAAUGCCCUCGUCAGCUGCCAGGUACUAAAUACUGUACUUCUACAGUAUGCAUGUUUAGUGCGGUUCAUGUUAUGUAUUAUUUUUGUAAUUUCUGUAGAAACUUGUAUUAUAGUCUGAGAAAAAAAAAAGGAACAAAAGAGGCUUUUUCUGUGAAUAGUAAUUAAGAAGAAAAUUCAUGAAAGACAUGGUUAUAUCAGAAAUCCUUGUUUUUACCGUGUUGCUCCUCGCUGAGGGCAGUAUUUGGACAUUUGAUUUAAACUCUGUGGUCAUGUCGUACUCUGUAUAAACUUGAACAGGUCAUGUAACAGUGUGGGAAAAAAAAAAAUCAAAUCCAGGCUGAAGUGUCCACUCCUCUCACAGUCCAGCAAGAACUGGGAAUCACUGCAUAAAUGUAGUGAACUGAACAUGGAAACAUGGUUACAAACACUUUCACUUGAAAUGCUGUGUAUACACAUUCUGCAAUAAAAAAACAAAACAAACUGAGUGAAAAAA